AUGACAUCCCGAACAUUCUUCUAUCUCCCACUCAUCAUCUCCCUCUACAUCACCUCCAUCUCUUCAUAUCCCUUCCCCCCCCUCAACCUCAAAAGCAACCCUAUCGAAACCCGCGAUCUCUCCGCCGUAGCCAGUGAACUCGGCACUCUAGGAAGCGAUCUCCAGAACUCCAGCACUCUAAAAACAUUUCUCGGCGACAGAGGAAAUGUGAUUACGCAGAACGAUGUGCUGGAUAGUAAUGGGAGUUGUGCUACGAUGACUGUAUUAUUUGCGCGCGGAACAGGGGAAGUGGGCAAUGUGGGAAUCCUAACCGGUCCUCCAUUCUUCACCGCCCUCGCCGCAUACAUGAACCAAACAGGAAGCAUGUCCAUCCAAGGCGUCGAUUAUUCCGCGAGCGUGUCCGGGUUUCUCGCGGGCGGUGAUCCCGCCGGUGCAAAAACUAUGGCCGAUCUAAUAACCAAUACUCUAACCAGUUGUCCCAAUACCCAUCUCACUGUAUCCGGCUACUCUCAAGGAGCACAACUUGUUCAUCUGGCUAUGAGUUCGCUCCCCACGACCACCACAUCACGCGUGAAAUCCGUCGUCAUGUUUGGAGAUCCAAAGAAUGGUACUGCGUUGGCGGGUAUCGAUUCGAGUAAAGUGAUGACGAUUUGUGAUCCUAAAGAUGAUAUUUGUAAAGGUGGAGAUGUCAUUCUACCAGCCCAUUUGGAAUACAGUGCAAAUGCUGGAACUGCUGCCAUGUUUGCGUUGAGUGGGCUGGCGGACGUGGGCAUCACGAGUGCGAGGAAAGUUAGCGGAGUUGAUGGGAUAUCUUGA